AUGCCGUCGCGCGACCAGCGACCGCGCAGCGCAACCACCACGGCCGCACCCACCGACGACAACUCCCGUCCUACGAAUAUUGCCGCCCCGGGACCCCCUCGCACCAGUCUCGGCUCGCGUCCUGCUGGCCAUCAUGUGAGCUACGAUCUCACCGGCGAGGCUGCCGCCGCCGCAUCGCGACUCUCGCCGCCUGCCGUCCCCGUCCACUCUCGCUCCGAUACCGAUGUUCCGCCCCUGUCGCGCGAUGCUCAGCAGCAGCAGCAGCAGCGCCCACCAUACUCGCCCAGCGGCGCGAGCCCCACAAGCGCUGCAUUUGGCGCGUCCGGGUUGAGACGCCGCAGCAGUAAGGCGCCGACGUUUCGCACCUUUGACGGCGGCGAGGAUGAGUUUGAGGUGCCUUUUGCCGGCGCUGGCGUCGGCUGGCAUCCCGGCGCGGAACCUGGCUAUGACCCCAAGCUGCCGGACGGUGGACACGCCUCGGUGCCGCAGCUGAGCGCGCCGUGCGAGAUUACAGUCGUCGACUUCUCGUUGGAUCGCAUGGAGCAGUGGCAUUUUGGCAACGAUGGCUUCAUCGAAUUUCUGCAGGAGCCAAAGGAGGACUGGGCCAAGUGUCGCUGGAUCAACAUCAAUGGUCUCAGUUGGGAUGUGAUUCAAGCCGUCGGCUCUACAAAGGGCCUGCACAAGCUCGCCAUUGAAGACAUAAUGAAUCUGCGUAACCGAACCAAGGUCGAUUGGUACCCCCACCAUGCAUUCAUCAUCAUGACGCUGCAGAAGCUCGUCCACGUUGUUGAUUCCGACGCCGACAGCAUCAGCUCCGCCAGCAGCUCCUCGUCCCGCAAGACCAUGGCCACCGUCCGCCAAUUCUUCAGUGGCAGCCUUGACCCCAAGCACCACCCUGGUGCCGAUCUCGAAAAGACGGACGUCACGCCGCCCUUUCUCGACCUGUCCGAGACGAGCAUGCCGCGCACCUUGCAGCGGUACCAGGCCAGCGGCAACGAGGCCCGCACGCUGUUCAUGGAGGCGCACUCGUCGCUGGCGCCCUACAACAUGGCCAUCUCGGCCGAGCAGGUGUCCAUCUUCCUGACCGCCGACAACACCGUCAUCUCCUUCUUCGAGGCCUCGGCCGGCGACGUCGAGCGGCCGAUUGUCAAGCGCCUCAGCACGCCCGGCACCAGCCUGCGCGAGUCGUGCGACGCAUCCAUGCUCGUGCAGAGCAUCAUGGACGCCAUCAUCGACCUGGCCAUUCCGCUGACGGCGGCGUACACGGAUAUCCUCGGCGACCUGGAGCUCGACGUCAUCUCCGCGCCGAGCAUCAAGCAGAGCAAGCGCCUGUAUAUAUGCAUCAGCGAGAUCAACAAGAUGCUGCGCUUCCUGCUGCCCAUCGACAACCUGGUCAAUGUGCUCCGCGACCAUCGCACGUUCCUGACGCAGGAGCAGGCUAUCCGCGAGCUCACGAACCCUUCGAGCGGCGUCUUGGUGACGCCCAUGACGCACACCUACCUGGGGGACGUGCUGGAUCACUGUAUCAUCAUUACCGAGUCGCUACAGCAGCUGAAACAGUCGUCAGAGAAUCUCAUCAACCUCAUCUUCAACACCAUUACCGCGAACCAAAAUGAGUCGAUGAAGCAGCUCACCACCGUCACCAUCAUCUUCCUGCCACUGACGUUCAUCACUGGCUUCUUUGGUCAGAAUUUUGAGGACUUUCCCGAAAUCAAGAAGGGGAUUUGGUACUUCUGGGCAUGCGCCGUGCCGACCGUAAUCGCUACGAUUCUCAUUCUCAUGCGUGAAAUGAUCUAUAACUGGGGAGCCAGUGUGGUGCAGCGAAAGAAAAUUAUGUCGAUUCGGAAGAAACGGCGGCGGCGGCCUGUCUCGAGAUGA